AUGGUCGCCGGGACUAUCGCUAGAGCUUUAUGUGGCUUCUUCUUCAAUCAAGUCCAGUGUGCUGCUAUCGGGAAAGAUAAUGGUUUCGGCAGUGAAUACGUGUGGGCUGGCUCUUUGGAGUCAGGAGUUCAAAUAGCAACGCAUCAUAAGAAACCCGUUAUGGUUAUAAUACACAAGUCUUGGUGCUCCGCGUGUAAAAAUCUAAAGCCGAAGUUCGCUAAUUCCAAUGAAAUUAAAUCACUCAGCAAACACUUCGUAAUGGUUAAUCUGAUAGAUGAGGAAGAACCUAAAAACAACAAAUUCUCUCCAGACGGCAGUUACAUACCGAGGAUCCUCUUCAUUUCCCCGGCUGGGCGAGUAGACCACGAGAUAUUCAAUGAAGACGGGAGUAGUCAACACAAGUAUUUUUACAGCAGACCGGAACAGAUCGCCAAGUCGAUGAAGAAGGUCCUCGACAAGUACAGGCAACAACAAUUUGAUGUUUAA